AUGCGUCUCUCCAAACUCUCGUUUCUCGUCCAGGCCCUCCUCCUGACCGCUGUCGCGGCCCAGAGUGCGGCCGCGACCAACCUCCUCAGUGAUCUCACCACCGACUCUUCGUCCUCCAGCAGCACUGCCGCCGAGUCUACCACCUCCAGCAGCAGCAGCAGCGAGCCCACGACCACUACCUCUUCAUCGUCUUCAUCGUCGUCAGAGGCCCCGAGUACCACCAGCGAGCCUACCACUACCACUUCGUCUUCUUCCGAGGUCGCAAGGACCACAUCCGAAGCAUCCACCACAUCAUCCAAAAAUGAGGUCUCUUCUACCACCAGCGUUGCCGACAAGACCACCGCCGCAGACACCACUUCCACCACUCAGACCCCUGUAGUCAAGACCAUUACCUCGGAGGUAACUGUCAGCGGAACCACCAGGGCAACUGUCAUGACCACCACCUCGACCCCGGCCGCGACGACCACUGCCUCACUGAACGGCGGCAAUAGCUCGUCCAGCAGCGGCUUGUCGAGCUCGGAGAAGAAGACCAUCAUCGGUGUCGUGGUCGGCGUCGGUGGUGCUAUCCUACUGGGUGUCCUGGGUGUGGUCUACUGGCGCAUUCAAAAGAAGCGCAGCCAGGGUUACAAUGACGAGGAUGAUGAUCUCAUGGGCGGCACCGCCGUCGGCACCGGCCCUCGCGAGAAGGCUCCCAGUCCGGCUCAGGGCGGCACCCCUUUCAAGAACACACUGGACCAGUACCACAACCCCGGUCCCGUCAAUGCGGCAUCGAACUUCUAA